AUGGGGCAGACACCGAGCACUCCGCUUUCCGACUGUCUCAACGCCGUCUGUAAUGGCCGCAACGACUGCGUCGCGUUUCCCGAUCAUCCGCUUUACCAAGCAUCUUGGGUGAACCGAUAUAACCUCGAGAUCCCGGUGGAGCCGAUUGCGGUGACGAGGCCGGACAACGCCCAAGAUGUGUCGGGUUUUAUCAAGUGCGCCGUCGCGAACAACAUCAAGGUUCAGCCAAAAUCCGGCGGUCAUUCCUAUGCGAAUUAUGGUCUCGGAGGACAAGAUGGUGAACUUGUUAUCGACCUCGUAAAUCUUCAGAACUUCUCCAUGGACACCAACACGUGGCAAGCUUCCAUCGGUGGGGGUACUAGGCUUUCCGAUGUGACCACUAAGCUUCAUAACAACGGCAAGCGUGCCAUAUCCCACGGAACGUGUCCCGGCGUUGGUAUUGGUGGACAUGCUACUAUUGGUGGACUUGGACCUUCGUCACGUAUGUGGGGAUCAUGUCUCGAUCACGUUAUCGAAGUUGAAGUAGUUACCGCAGAUGGCUCUAUUAAAAGAGCUAGCGAGAAGGAGAAUAGUGAUCUCUUCUUCGCAUUAAAAGGAGCAGGCGCAGGUUUCGGUGUCAUCACAGAGUUCGUCGUCAAGACGCACCCCGAACCUGGUAACGUCGUGCAGUACUCAUUCUCACUAACCUUCUCUAAGCCCACCGACUUGAUACCUGUCUACCAACAAUGGCAGGACCUUAUCUCGGAUCCUAACUUAGACCGACGAUUCGGUACUGAAUUUGUGAUGCAUGAGCUUGGUGCUGUCAUCACUGCCACGUUUUACGGAACAGAAGAUGAGUGGAAAGCUACUGGCAUUCCCGACAAGAUUCCUGUUGGAAAUGUAUCGGUAGUUGUCGACGACUGGUUAGCCGUGAUCGCGCAACAGGCCGAGGAUGCCGCCCUCUGGCUUUCGGAACUCCAUGUCGCAUUCGCUGCUAAGAGUUUAGCUUUUCGUCGAGAUGAAUUGCUAUCUCCGGAUACGAUCUCUAAGCUGAUGAAAUACAUCGAGGACGCGAAACGAGGCACACUUAUUUGGUUCCUGAUCUUCGAUGCUAGCGGCGGUGCUGUUAGCGACAUUCCAAUGAAUGCGACCGCAUACUCCCACCGAGACAAGGUCCUGUUUGCUCAGGGAUACGGAAUCGGUAUUACUACCGUGAACCAGGACACGAAGGACUUCAUGAACGGCAUCAUGACCACAAUCAAGAGCGGUUCUGCGCAGACUUUGACAACAUACCCCGGAUACGUCGAUCCAUCGUUAACAGAUGCUCAGGCAUCGUAUUGGGGCCCGAACCUAGAUGCUUUAGGAGUUAUCAAAUCGAAGUGGGACCCAAAUGAUUUGUUCCACAACCCGCAGAGCGUGAGGCCGGCAGAGACUGAUUAG